CUCUCGGGCCCCGGCGUGGAAUUUGUUGUCGACUCAGAGGGGCGAUAUGAGGCCUCCCAGCACUGGAUCACGAGGAGGACGGGAGCCUUAAUGAGCCACUUGCAGGGCAACAACGUGAGGCUGUUACUGUCGAGCGUGAAGCAAGAGGAAGAAGUUAUCUACUACACAAAAUUGCACGGUAUAUCUGUGGUAGAGUGCUUAUCAGAAGAAGAAAUUGCCCUUAUCCAGGAAAUCACAGGAGUCUCGCCUUAUACACCUUUUGGUGAUAAUGCAUAUGGAGAGAUCAGCGAAACGGCAGCGGCAACAUUUUGCCAGCCCUUGCUCCUUGGGUCAAAGAGAUAUGUUCACGUUGGCUUCACCAGCGUGUGUGCCUUUCAGCCCCACUGCCUAAUUCUGUGUGCUCCAGUUGAUGGUGUUAAUGAGCAGCAUGCUGCUGCUUUAGAGGGGGCAUUUACAAUGCUGCAGCAGCUAUUUAAAACAGUUGAUCAGAGGGAGGAAUGCAAAGCAGAAGGUGAAAGCCAGAGUGAAGCCUCAGAAGUUUACAGUUGGCAUUCUUCAGCUGCUCAGAAGCAGCUCGUAAUAGAAAAUAUUUCUUGUAAUCAGGUUUCUGAAUGUGGAGCACAUAGGGAUGAAACAGAGACACAAAUCAUAGACCCUGGUUUGCAGGGAAGUGAAAAUCCAGCGUAUGUGCAAACAUACUUAGGAACGCCUUCAAAUCCCAUUUCACACAUCAAAGAAUUCAGCAUUCACUUUUCAGGAGACGUACAGAAGCCACGUGCAGAAUGCGAGCAUCUGGGUAACGUGCAUGAGAAUGAUAGAAGCGAUGCACGUGCAGCCAAUCCAAAGAAGGACAGCGCUGCUGUGUUGGCAGCACGUAAUUCUAGCUCAGUCACUGCAUGUGAACACCUAGAUGCUGGCAAAGAUCUAGAGAAAACAAGUUGCGAUAUAGUCCCAUUUAAACACGAGGACAGUUGUGUAAGUAUUGCACAGAAUUGCUCCAGCUCCCUCAUAGAAGCAGGAUCGGUUUUGCCAGUAGGAGGUUACUUUGAAAUCCUGCUGCAUUAUUACAUUCGGUACUAUGCAAAGCAGUUGCAGCAGUCAGAGGUAACUGUUGUAUCUAAUGUAGUUGCUGAUGCUUUGCUAAGUAUUCCCAAGUCUUUGUACAGGACAACAGAACAAAACAGCUUCACGAAAUUCUAUCUCAAAGUCAUAAAUGCGCUCCAAAAAAACCAGCCACUGCCUAUGAACGAGAGAGGCUUAGAAUUAGUGUAUUGCAAAUACCAGUUGGUCAUUUCAGUUCUUCAUUGUGUUACAGAGCUUCUCUCCAUAGAUUUAAUACUUGGUGUUAAGCGGCCACUGCAAAAAAAUGAGGAUUGUGACUCAGAAGAUGACUUCUGA